CGCCGCCGCCGCCGCUUCCUGUCCGGUGGCGUUUGCUUCCGGGGCAGGGUCGUCCCUUCAGGAACAUCUGUGGGGGGAGGGCGAGGAAAGGCCUGGCCGGAACGGAGGGGGACUGUUCUUGCCUAAGAUCUAACACGAAGCAGGAAUUCUGGAUCACGUAGAAUCUGCAUCAGUCAUUGAGGCGACACUGAGGAUGGAAGGAGUUGAACUUAAAGAAGAGUGGCAAGAUGAAGACUUUCCAAGACCUCUACCAGAAGAUGACCAUAUUGAUGAUAUGUCAGAUCCUGCUGAAAGAGGGGACCAAACUGAAGUGAAUGGCAACAAAGUUAAGAAGAAACUAUUGGCUCCAAAUAUAAACUUAACUCUGGAUUGCAGUGAAGAAUCAAUUUUGUCUGACUUGGAUGAGAGCGGGGAUAUUGAUCUGGACGAUAUGGACACACCAUCUGAAAAUAGCAAUGAGUUUGAAUGGGAAGAUGAUCUUCCAAAGCCGAAAACUACAGAUGUGAUUCAAAAAGGAUCGUUACAAGAAUAUGCAGCAUCAGAUGAAAAAGAGGAGGAACGGCGAUGGCGGAUGUUCCGGAUUGGAGAACAAGAUCACAGGGUGGAUAUGAAGGCAAUUGAGCCAUAUAAGAAAGUUAUCAGUCAUGGAGGUUAUUAUGGUGAUGGGUUAAAUGCAAUCGUUGUAUUUGCAGUUUGCUUCAUGCCGGAAAGCGGGCAGCCAAACUACAGAUACUUAAUGGAUAAUCUCUUUAAGUAUGUUAUUGGCACACUAGAAUUGUUAGUAGCAGAGAACUACAUGAUCGUUUACCUAAACGGUGCAACAACACGGAGGAAGAUGCCCAGUCUAGGCUGGCUCAGGAAGUGUUACCAACAGAUUGAUAGGAGGUUAAGGAAAAACCUGAAAUCAUUAAUAAUAGUUCAUCCUUCCUGGUUCAUUAGAACACUUCUGGCAAUCACAAAACCUUUUAUUAGCUCAAAAUUCAGCCAAAAAAUCAGAUAUGUCUUUACUUUGGCAGAGCUGGCUGAACUCGUCCCCAUGGAAUACGUUGGCAUACCUGAAUGCAUAAAACAGUAUGAAGAAGAAAAAUUUAAAAAGAAACCCAAAAGGUAUAUGCACAUCUUGAUCAGGGCUGUAUCUAAUCUAGCCAACUUUGCACUGUGCUGAAUGUUGGGCUAUAUUUGGCUUGCUGGGCUGCCUGCUGCUUGUGUGAAUGAAGAUGCACCCGUUGUGCCAUCGUGUGUGGGGGUGUCUCUGGCUAGCUUAUGCUGUGCUGUUCACAUAAUGUUGUGCAAAUGGUUCGUUGCUUCAGAAGGAAGCCGAGCAGCCAAAAGGCUAAAGCAUUUGCUGUCUAAUUAUAGCGCUAAUUGUCAAACCUAGAACUACAACAAUUUUCCGCUUUAGGAAGUUGGAGAGCGAUUGCUGCAAAAUACAUUCUUAAUUCUAGGUGGAGAGUGACUGUGACUCAGCAGUCACUGAAGUUCAAAAUGGCUUUAAUUUGCAUUGUCACAGUCUAAACUGGCUGAACACCAUAAAGGGGAGGAGGGCCUUGUGCUGCCUGCAUUUGCUAUGUCUUUUUCUUUUUUUCUUUUGUCUUAUCAAUGCAUGCUGGGGUUCUCUGGUGCUCAAGAAGUGCAUGGCCUGCUAAUAAACGUAUCUCAGCAACUUCUUCACUUCACAAAAUAUUGUCCAGUCCAGAGCACCAACUGCUACUCUUGCCACUAACAAUUUCACUUGAUCCAGAAUGUGCCCAUGCUGUAUAAUGAUUCCAAAUGCCUAUUUGUGAAGAUGAUUUUUUUUUUGGGGGGGGGUUGUUCCCUUGCAAAGAAGGGAGCAAACUGCUAUUUAGCAAGACAGACCUACUCUCUCUUCAGAGCUAUAUCACAAAACAAAAGGAUAAACCUGGGAAGGGAGUAUGUGUACAUCAGGAUUCUGAAACAGAUUGCAAAGAUGCUUUCCCACAUUUAAUUCAACCCUUUGUAGUAUUAGACGGAAUUUGCGCAGCC